CGGUCGAAACUGCAGCCAGAAUACAAGAGACACGGUGAAGAAAACAAAAUUUCAGAAAUCGGAUUGCGUUUAAAGUUCCUGCGAAAUGUACUUGAAAAUCAAUAUCUUGGUGUUCAUUUUGUCGUUGUCCUUUGUACUGGAAGGUUACGAUGCCCAACUGGCGAGUAAUCUUCAGGACAAAAACCAGGAUGAGACCCUCAAAUUUGAAGGGACUGGCGAGGCUAAAGAUGAAAACACGAAAGUUGAUGCUAAACGUUCUGUGAAACGUUCUCGUAAAAAAACGAAAAGUAUUGGAGAUCUUAGCUUGGAAUUGGCGAAGCUACACAUAUUGGAAGAAACUUUGAGGAAAAGCAAAGCACUCGACAAAUUAAAAAACGAAGUCAAUGAAAAUUCAGAAGAUAAUUGCCGUAGGAUCAAGAAAGUGGGCGAACCAAUCGUUCACCAUCAUUCUGGAACUACUCAGGGAACGUGGAUGAGAGAUCCGCUGGGGUUGCUAGGCGCUGAGAAAAUUUGGUACAUCAAUGGAUAUUAUGGGACUAAUAAAGUACUGGAAUUCGAAGACAUGGAUCAUUUCAAGGCUGGAGAAAUCGGCAAGACCCACACCCUUCCAUAUAACAUUGAUGGUACAGGAUCUGUUGUUUAUGGACGAUAUCUUUACUUUAACAGGGCAGGUACCAACUAUAUCGUACAGUACGACUUGGUUGCUGGAAAAGUAACCAGACAAGCAUGUCCUAAUGGGAAUAUAAAGUCACGAAACUAUUCCUACCAAUGGGGAGGCUACACGACUGUGGAUCUAUCCGUUGACGAAAGCGGUUUAUGGGUUUUGUGGGCUUAUAGUGGUUAUAGUGGCAAGUUGUGUGCAACACAGAUAGACCCAUUGACACUCGCUUCAUUGCAUCAAUACUGUGGAAUUUCAUCUGAGGCUAAAACCUCGAUGGGAAACGCAUUUGUAGCGUGUGGGGUUGUCUACAGCAUAGAUAGCUAUAGCGGAAGCACAACCAUAAACUAUGCAUAUGACACAGUGACCGGCUCCAGAACCAAUCCUGCUAUUAAGUUCAAGAACAAAUUUGGAUACAACAGCAUGGUUACCUACAAUCCACGGGAGAAAGUCCUCUAUGCCUGGGAUAAUAGACGUCAAAUAACAUAUCCACUGGAGUUUGAAGACUGAAGAAGUUAAAAAUAAUAAAAAUCAAGUUGAUGAAACAGAUACGAUUAUGGACAUGAUUAAGGACGACUCGUUUUUUUUUAACAAAGCAUAAGUUGAUAAGAUUAAUACAUCUAUUACAAGUGGCCAUUAGUAGAAUUCUGUACUUCGUAGAGCGUAGAACAGGGGAAUCAUGUAGUACCUGUAACUGUUUAUAAAUACUAAACAUGCUUUGUUUUUCAUUAAAAAUUU